AGAAAGUUAAAAAAAAAACCAAAUUUUUUCUUCUUCUAGUGUCUCAUCCUUUUGUGGCUAUGGCGCUUGCAGCGACAGGAAUGGCAGGACUGAGGCUCAAGCUGGAUUCAUGCGGAUUGAAGAGGACUCAGAUCGCAGCACCUUUGCGGCUGAGGGCGCAGCCGCUCAGAGUUCCAUGAUGGCCAAGAGGACCAUCGAGCUCAAGGAAAUCCGGGGGAUGUCGGACGAGCUCAUCAACGAGACGGUGGUGGAUUUGAAGGGCGAGCUCUUUCUCAUGCGCUGCAAGAAGGUAACCCGGCAGGACUACCGUGUCAGCGACUACAAGAACAUGAAAAAGAAGAUUGCUCGGAUGCUCACCGUGAAACGAGAGCGAGAGAUUGAGCGCGGGAUAAAACCACGCGAGUCGAGGAAGCUCAAGGCCAAGUGGAAGAGAAGCAUUGUCUACCGGCCGCCACCCUCGCUGGCAGCGAUUUUGGACGCACAGAAGACGGAGGAGGACAAAGCGUGAGGCGGUCCCUCCUUGUCCAGCAUUUGUUUGCGUCUGGUAAGUAAUUUCGUUCGGAGUGUCCGUGCCUGGGGAUACUGUGUGGGUGGUGGAGAGGCAUUCCUUGCGGGGAUAUAUAGCUCUCUCUCCCCUCACACCACCCAGCACACACUCCCUCUUGGUUUCUCUUUUCUUUCUUUCUAAAGAAAUUCCAGAGCUUUGAACCAA